AUGUUUGGCAAAGCAGCCAUUCUCAACGCGCUCGUCAGCGCUGUAUCCGCUGGAACCAUCCUCUGGGACGGUCGCUUCAAUGACUUCACCAGCUCGUCCGACCUCAACAAAUGGUCGUGGGCAAACCAGGUUGGGCCCUACCAGUACUACAUCCACGGCUCCGGGCCAGUGACUUCCUACGUGAAUCUAUCGCCGUCCUACAAGAACGCGGGCGACACCAACUCCAAGCAAGGCGCGAAAAUCACAAUCGACAGCACCGCAAAGUGGAACUCGGACAUGUGGCGCACCGAGCUGAUCCCGCAGACCAAAGCAGCCAUCAAUUCGGGCACCGUGUAUUACCACUUCAGCAUCAAGAGGGGCAGCACAAACGUGCCGAGCGCAACCAACGAGCACCAGAUCUGCUUCUUCGAGAGCCACUUCACGGAGCUCAAGUACGGCUGGAUCAGCGGCGAACAGGGCACGUCAAACACCAACCUGCAGUGGAUGGUGGGUGGGCAGAGCAAGUGGAAGGUGGAGCUCAAGGCAGACGAGUGGCACAACGUCGUCUAUGAAAUUAACUUCUCCUCCCAACAAGUCACCUUCUGGCACUCGACCGGCAACAACACGCUCGUCAAGACCGCUGGACCGUUUUCUGCGAGCACGUCGAGCAACGGCGCGGACUGGCAUCUGGGCGUGCUCCGUCUGCCGCGACAGGGCAAUGACGGAACCGGGGCCGAGGACUGGUACUUCAGCGGCGUGUACGUCGAGAGCGGAUCGCUGACGACUUCAAUCGUGAGCCCGAAGUAA